UGACAGCAUGGAAAAACACAAGACCUCUAACUAGAAUUCGAAUGCCUUCACGAUUGUCGCGUUAUCACGUGCACUUACGAGUAACAUGAUCCGCGUCGAGCUAGGCAAUCCUUAACCGCGUUUGUUAAUCUGCCUCAUCUUCGUCUCAAUCUCCCAGCCUCUUGGCCUCCAGCAAACGGCAGAAGAAGCACAAUGGUUUGCGAGGAGUACCUCGACGUGAUAAACGUCGUCGUUCGUGACGCAUACUUCUACACCUACCCACGCACGAUCUCAGCGGAGGCAUAUAUAAAACCGUUAGGACGUCAUGGAGCACCAGGUCCGUCCUACGAUGAAGUCUGGAGGCAACAGGUAAUGGAACGGGCAUUCAAACGCAUGGUGAACAAGGACAAGAUAUUGGUGUGUAAUCAAUCGAAGUGGGAGCUGCAUCCGGAUUUCGACGCCAAACGAUUCUUCAAGGUCCGGGACAGUGUACAAUGGGUCUCGCAGAUCUACUCGACUGGUACACCGGAUCAACAUCGAUCCAGGGUAGCUCUGCAGAGUCUCGAAAGUUUCCUGGACUCCGACCUUGGUCCCAUCGGUGGCAAGCAGUUGAUCAAGCUCUUUGGACGUUCUGCAGGUGAAGAAUAUGACUCUUUGCAGAUUGAAGACAAGACGGUUGUCAAACUAGAGCCGGCAACCGAACUCAUGGAUCUGACUCAGACAAACGCGACCUCUGGAACAAAACGAAAGAAAAUAAAUAUUGGGGAAGCUGGCAGCGAUGGACAUAAUUCGAGCGGACCGGAGCCCUCGAGCCCGAUACCAUUGAUUACACCAUUGUCAAGUCCUCCAUCAUUACGUCCUGCCCGGUCUUCGUUCGACACGAACAAGCCAUCGAACACAACUGAGACAAUAAUAGAGAAAUCGGGAGAGGAAAGACAUACGGAUGAACCAGAGAUACAAGCAAUCGAAAAACCGAGCGGAGAACCACGCGUGAUGGCACAACCUGGCAGCACCACAGUCGAGACAUUAAGACGCGCAGCGCAUGUUGGUGGUACACAACCCAGGAAAACUGGAGUUGAGAACUCGAGACAAGAAGCAUCUGGGGUUAUACGAGCGGGGGCGUCAAUACUGGAAAAGUCGACGCAAAAUGUACGUGUGGAAGCACAGCCCGGACGUUCAAUCAAUCACCCGAGGCAAGAACCAUGCAUUGUUACACAAUCGGCAAGCACAUCUGGAGGGACGCAACCCGUGACUGGGAGAAGUGGACUAGAGAAUUUGGUACUCCUUCCCGCUUUGCCCUCUCUCUAGAAGGGAAUUCUAACUUCAAAUAGCUAUCAAAGUACCCGUGGCUUGUAUCUGCCCCAAAAAGAAUACAAGAAAAAUUCCCCCAGGACAGCUUCGAACUUGUUGUCAGCGAAGGCACCCUGAAAUUCAAAUGUCACGAUUGCCCUGCGAA